AUGCCGCCGCCACCGCCGCCGCCGAUGCCACCGCCGCCCCCUCCGCCCGGCGAGGCUGACGAGGACGACUUUGACGACGAUCAGGAUCACCUUGAGCUUGACAGCAGCCGUGCGAUCGACGGAGCCGCGCCACCACCGCCCCCGCCACCGGCCAACAACGACGACGACGACGACGAUGAUGAUGAAUCUGACGAUCAGCAAGCCAACGACGACGAUCAAGAUGACCAAGAUGAUGACAGUGAUGGUGAUGAUCAUCCAUCCAACGACCAGGACGACGACGACGACGACGAGGACAAUCAUGUUGCCGAGCCAAUGCUGGACGAGUCCACUGCAGCAGACCACCACCAUCAUCAUCAUGGUGAUCAUCACGAUGACACUGUCAACCGUGCUCAUCACGAUGCCGAUGCUGGCAGCAUCCGAACAAGAGACCCGCGCGAGGCUGCGAUCGACCUCGCAUGGAUUCGCGUCACGCCAGCCACGAAAGGACUGCUCGAGGCGCCGUUCGCAGACGGAUACGACCGUGGCGCAGUGACUGUGCGACCCAAGCUGACAAACGCGUACCAUGCCAACGCCAUCACGGGCGAGACGUCCUGGCUGCGCCCGCGGGCUGCACGAGAAGCAGAGCAAGCAGAGCAAGAGCGGACUGCUGCCAGAAAGGGGCCGGUCUCAGACACUCAGACGACUCAUGCUGAGACCAACAACAAGAAGAAGAGCGACACGGCGUGGCUCACUUUCCAGAUUGUCGACAGCCAGGGCAAGAAUGGCUUGUUCUACUAUGUGAAUACGGAUACCGGCGUCGCGACCUGGACGUGCCCGCCGGAGGUUGAAGCGGACGAGCUCGCCAUGCUGGAACGCAAGAUGGCGUGGCUGCAGCUCCGCGAACGCCAGGCGCAGGAACAGGCCGGCAAAGUCAAGCGCCGUGGCGAGGACGCGAUCGAUCGCGCAGCGGCCAAGAUUGCGCAGCGCAAGGCCCGCAUCAAAUCCACGCAGCCCGUGGAAGGCACCGAUUGGAUUGUUGUGCACACUGUGAAAGACGGCGUCUUUUACUUUAACCAGGCCACGCGAGAGUCCGAGCGGGACGAGCCGGACGAGGUCACCGAGGCGCUCAUGAACAUGAUGAUGGCCGAAGAGGCGCGACUUGACGAGGCAGAGCGGCAGGCGAAUGGACAGUCUGCGAUCGCUGGCGUGGACGGGGAAGGCCGGGAAAAGCGAGAGCAUGAACACGACGACGACGACGACGACGACGACGACGUCGACAACGACCACAGCAACAACGACGGUGCCAGCAACCGGAGCUCCAAGCGCCCAAAGUUGGAUGAUGGUGACAACACGGACUCUCCCGUGUUUGACGCUGCCUCCAUGACCGAGGAAGAGCGCGUGCGCUUGUUCCAAGCGAUGCUGGCAGAGCGCAAAGUGUCCAUCUUCUCCACAUGGGAGACGGAAAGUGCAGCGCUCGCCAAGGAUCCGCGAUUCGCACUCGUUGCCGCAAAAGACCAGCGCAACGUGUUUGAGGCUUGGCUAGCUUCGCGUGUUGACGAACAAAAGCAACAGCGCUCCCUCGAGAAAACCCAGCUUCGAACCAAGUUUGUCGAUUUGCUGCUGGCGGCCAAACUGACUCACCGCUCUCGUUGGACGGAUUUUGCGCUCAAGUUUGCGCGCGAUCCUCGAUUUAAGGCGAUUGACAAGCACAAGGAUCGCGAGGACAUUUUUGUCGACUUUUUGCGAAAGGGCAAGGCCGGGCCAAACGGCGUCAUUGUCGACAAUCCGUUUGCGACUGCUUCAGCAGCAUCGUCAGCAUCUUCAGCAGCUUCGACCUCGUCGUCCAGCAGAAAGGCGCCUUCUUCUGCUGCCAGCAGUACCUCAUCAGCAGGCUCGAGCAAGGGCUCUGCUAGUGUGCUCGACGCGGCAGGAAUCAAGCAGCAGUUCAUGGCGUUACUUCGUGAAGGGCUGCCUGAUGUCGACUCGCGGACGCGCUGGUGGGAUGUCAAGCAUCGCGUGAGUCGUGAUCCGCGGUACGACCAAGUUGGGUCGGCGACCAAGCGAGAGGAUUACUUUGAAGAGUAUGUCCAGCUGCGAAAGAAGGAAACGAUUUCGCCCGAGGAAGAGCGACGCCAGCGCGAAGAGCGCGCCAUCCGAGAGCGAGAGGCCAAGUUGCGCACCGAGCGGUUGCAGACCCAGCGCCGCAACGAUCGCAACCAGUCUGCGCGAAUUGACGCAGUUGUCGAGCAGUACGAUGCCUUGCUUGCGGAAACAGUGCGGCGACCAGAUAUCACUUGGGAACACUUUCAAUCAUUGCUGGAACAAGACUCCCGCGCGGAUCUCUUCCGCAACCUGAGCAGCAUAGACCUUCGAGAACGAUUUGAGGCGCGCGUUGAUGCCCUCGUGUUGCAGUCGUCGCAGGCGUUCCAUGCCAUGGUCCGCGAGACGUUGCAAGGUGCCAUCAAGUCGGCCGUUGCAGAGCAACGCGAUCCUGAAAUGACCUUGUCCACAUCCCUCGCGGAUGCAAUGCCAUUGCUUGAGCAACACACCGAUUUCAAGCGACUGGUCAAGUUACCCCUGGUGGUGGAUGAGCCCAGUGACGAAGAAUUGGCGGCAAUGCAAAGCGGCCUUGCCAGGCUCGAAGCGCAGUAUGCCGAGGCGAUUCGAUUCGUUUCGAAUGAGUGUCGAGAGGAGUUUCAGCAGCUUCUCACAGAGACCAAGAGCAUUAGUUACAAAACGCAGGAAUCCUGCGAAGCUCGACCAUACGAGUUUGAGCGUCUGUUAGCAACACUUUCCAAUGAUCUGCGAUUCCACAUGCUUGCAAGUAUGGAGGAUCGUCGCACUCAAUGGGUCCGUGAUUAUAUUCGACGGCUGCAUGAAAUUGGACCACCUGCUGCCCCCACUGCUCCCAAAGCAAUGGAUACUGGACGAUAACCUUGCCAAGAGGUUUUCGAUCGUAGUUUCUUUUGUUUGGAUGAAAUUGUGCAAUUCCCCCCCUUUUUUUGUUUGUUUUGGAUUCUCGCUUCUUGUUCUUGUAAUUGAAGCUCUCUGGAUGAAAACUGUACACGGAGGACGAACGUUUCUGCUUUGCACAAAAGUCCUAUGCAUUUCCGUCUCUGUUU